AUGAUGAAUCAAAUGCUUGGGAAUUUGAGAAUUCGUGGCAUUAAGCUCAACGACAAGGAAGUCAAUCCAGCCGUAGAGAGUAUCCAAAAGGUUUUCAUCCAAAUGUCCUCUAUGGCAAACAACAGAAACAAAUAUGCCGACGAAGUUGAUACAUAUGCCAAGACAAUCUACAAACUUGUUCGUGCCUGGGCAACAGAAUUUGCACCAGACUUCAAGAAAUACAGUGUCACAUAUCGUACAAUCGCCAAACUCAAUCGUGAACUUGCUAAGCAAGAAAUUCGUGUUGCAAAUGACAUCAGAGAUUGCUAUGAGAGAUUCCUUGCUGUUGACAAGUUUGCUACAAUCUAUAACGACGUCUCAGAUAAGUACCAGUCUGCUUGCGACAAGGUAAUUGAUGAAAUGGGUAAAGAUUUAUACGAACAGAGACAACCAAAGUACGAACAGAAGAAGGAAUCUCUUCAGGCUAACAUCGCCAAAGCUAAGGCUAACAAGAAGGCUCUCCUUGAAGACAAGAAGAGAGCUCUUCAAGAUUUCAUCAACGCUCGUGAGCAAUACAACAUAUUCAAAGUUAGAAGACUUCACCACGCAUUCACCUUUUACAGCCGUAUCCUUAAAGAAUACGCCGAUAAGGAAGAAAAAUUAUACAUGCAAGCCGUCGACAUUUUGAAGGGCCUCCAGAGGAACAACGCCCCUCAGGAACUUCAGGAUGCCCUCGACGAUGCUCCACAGCCAAUCGAUAAUUCUGAAAUUCAGGCUGCUUUAGAGGAAAUCCCUCAAGAUGCUGACAAUGAUGCCAUUCCUCCACCACAGGAAAUCGAGGAAAAUACAGAAACACCAUAUCGUGAAGAUGAUGGUAAACAAAACAACGAAAUUGUUGAAGAGAUUUAA